ACAAUUGAAACUCAUAUUUAUGUCAGUUGUUAAAUUGCGCGCGGCGACAGACGCUCGCGCCAUUGCGUUUGACAAGCGUUCCCGCUCAUUUUUGACAUAUCGAGUGUAAAGUGAUUUUGUUUUUUUUUUUUCGAAGAAGUGUUAGCAAAUACAAUGGAUGUAUUAAAUAAGAUAAGAAGCCACCAACGGACGCCGUCAGGGUCCCGCGACUUCAAAGAGGCAACGAAGAGAGAUGCCCUCGCUCGCCUGGAGGUGGAUCUUGAGAAGCUGGUGGCCUCCCUCCCAGCUAACAAGCGGCCCAUGGUGGAGAAAGAGUUCCAGGGCUUUAAGAACCUCUUCAGCAGAUUUUUGGCUGAACAGGGUCCAUCGGUAACCUGGGAGAAGAUACAAAAACUACCAGAAGGAGCUGUCAUAGACUAUUCCACUCUGCAGACACCGACCACAGAUAAUAUUCACCAUAUGCUGGAUAAGCUCGUGGUUGUCAAGCUGAACGGUGGUCUGGGCACUUCCAUGGGAUGCAAAGGACCUAAGUCCGUGAUACAAGUUAGGAAUGAGUUGACCUUCCUCGAUCUUACCGUACAGCAAAUUGAGCACCUAAACAAAACGUACAAAUGCAACGUGCCCCUCGUGCUGAUGAACUCGUUCAACACGGACGAGGACACGCAGAAGGUGAUCCGCAAGUACAAGGGGCUGAAGCUGGACAUACACACGUUCAACCAGUCCUGCCACCCGCGCAUUAACCGCGAGUCGUUGCUGCCCGUGCCGAAAAAUGGGGACGUGCAUGCGGAUAUCGAAGCGUGGUACCCGCCAGGUCACGGUGACUUCUACGAGUCAUUCUACAACUCGGGCCUCCUACAGAAGUUCAUAAAAGAGGGCAGAACAUACUGUUUCAUCAGCAACAUCGACAAUCUCGGCGCCACAGUCGACCUGAACAUCCUCAGCCUCCUGCUGAACCCAGAUGCGAAAGCCUCAGAAUUCGUCAUGGAGGUCACGGACAAAACGAGAGCGGACGUCAAAGGAGGCACUCUCAUCCAGUACGAAGAUAAACUGAGGCUGUUGGAAAUAGCCCAAGUGCCGAAGGAGCACGUGGACGACUUCAAAUCCGUCAGCCAGUUCAAAUUCUUCAACACGAACAACUUGUGGGCGAAAUUGGACGCAAUACAGAGGGUCGUAGAGCAGGGGUCGCUGAACAUGGAAAUAAUCGUGAACAACAAGAGCUUGGCUGAUGGCCUCAACGUGAUACAAUUGGAGACGGCGGUGGGGGCAGCCAUGAAGUGCUUCGAGGGGGGCAUCGGGGUGAAUGUGCCCAGAAGCCGAUUCUUGCCAGUGAAGAAGACCUCGGAUCUAUUGUUAGUGAUGUCCAACCUGUACAGCCUGUCCCACGGGUCGCUAGUGAUGUCCCCGCAGCGGAUGUUCCCGUCUACUCCUUUAGUGAAGUUGGGCGAUAAAAAUUUCGCGAAAGUGAAGGAGUUUCUGAAUAGAUUCGCGACGAUACCGGAUCUCAUCGAGUUGGACCAUUUGACGGUGUCUGGGGAUGUCACUUUUGGAAGAGGCGUUUCUUUGAAGGGAACGGUGAUUAUCAUAGCUAAUCAUGGAGACAGAAUCGACAUACCAUCAGGUGCUGUGCUCGAAAACAAGAUUGUAUCAGGAAAUCUGCGUAUAUUAGAUCAUUAACGUUAUAAAUAAAUUAUAUUUAAAUACGGUUCUUAGCGAAUUCCUAUAUAAAACCUAAAAAUAAGUUAAACUAGAGAUUUUAAGACCGUUUUCUCGAAACAUAAAGUUAGUUCUUUUUUCAAGC